CGUAACUCUAGUUAGCAUUAUUGUAGCUAACCAAAUAGUUAUUGCCAUCUUUCAGGGACGACUACCAAAAUGAAUGGGCUUAUCUAAUGUUAUAAAUGUUUUAGGAUAGCUAGUCACUUACACAGCUUUACAGUUAGAUUCCUAAAGAUCGUGCUCACCUGGUAUGCUUGCGAUGGUGAGCCAAAUUACCGUUAGCCACUUUGCUGACUAAUGACAUCCUGUCAGGUAACGCUAGCGAGCAACCUUGUCAGGGCAGGUGUUUUGACAGAAAUGAAAACAGGGUUUGACAAAUGUUUGUUAAACGUCAGCUAACAUGUUUAGAAACAAGACAGCUUGGUUUUCCAAUAGUGUCAAGAGAGGAAUUCGUAGUGUUUGGGUGCGUGAAAGUGGGCUCAUUGUUGGUUGGAGGAGGGCAUCUUACCUGUUCAGUGAUGAUGCCUCCUGCCCUGAUACUCACCGGAUAUUUGUGAGCAGGGAGUAUGUGGAAGGCGAAUUGACUGUUUUCCACAGCGCUUUUAUUUCCAUGUGUGAUGUGCGUCAGAGUGUGAAGUCUGUGCCCAUCGGACACUAUGUGCUUCCACCCGUACCUGUUCAGCAAGAGGUCAAAGCAGUGAUUGGUAGAUUCAUUUGGGAGCAAGAAGAUCUCACUGAAGGGUCCGAGGUGCAGGAGGGUUCACUUAAUCAGUUACAAAGUCAAAAAAGACGCCAUGAAGAUGGUGCAGCUUCCAAGCAAAGGAGCGAGAGAAGUGUGGAUGAGAUGCUCCUGAGUCUGGAUGAGCUCCUGACGGCUUCAGGGAAGGAGGACUCAGCAUGCUGCGAGGUGCAGCACUACCCAGUCAACAACAUGGUCUCAGGAUAUGUGGGCACAGAGCAGCUGACGAGGUACACUGGGGAGCUGCACGACUUCCUUCCUGGCCAGGGUGGCUACUCCGUCUGUGUCCCCAACAAGAGACUUUACUUCACAGCAGGCCAUCCACAAGCAAAAAAGUAGUAGAAUAAACUCCAGGAAAGUUUGUCAAACUCUAAUCUGCUGUGAAAAUGUUUUAGCAUUUGGCGAUGGUACACAUAUCUAUGUGGGAUGGUUGCAAGGAUCGUCGUCAAGUCAUGUUUUCCACAAAAUAUUUUAAAUCUUGUUGGAGCUGGGUAUUGUCAGGAUUGUCUAAUUCAUAUUUUUUAAUCCUUGUAUCUUUGCGAGAAACCAAAUUCAGACACCUGUUCCUGAUUGGCAUGUGCAAACAAUUACACUGUAACC